AUGGACACAUGGUCCGAAACUGUCUCAUACUCUCAUUAGUCUUUAAUUUUACUCUUCGGAUUAUAUAUUAUAUUGUAUAUUAUUAUAAUCAUUUAUCACAAAUCCCUAUUCCCUAGUCUCUAUUUUGUAUUAAUUUACAUUAUAUGUACUACAUAAUAAUUUAUUUAUAAUGUCAGAAAAAGAAGUAUCCGUACGUGGUAUGCCCAAAUGUGGACGAUUUUGGAAAACACCUAAAACCAAAUUUUCGUCCAUGAACAAAACAAAGGGUUUAAAGUUGUCUUUUGAACGUAAACAAAAACUAAGAGAAGAUAUAAAAAAAACUAGAGAGUUAUCUAGAGCUUUGAUUAAUGAAAGAAAUGCAGAAAACGAGGCUAGGAAAGAACGACGACGUGAAAAUAUCAAACGACGCGCAGAAAAUCAAAGAAAAUCUGAAAUUGUUCAAGUGAUUAAGAAUCCCGCCAAAAUCAAGAGAAUGAGGAAAAAAGCAAUGAGGCAAAUUGAAAAAAGAGAUACAUUAAAUAUUAAAUAAUAUUCUUAUUUUUGAAAUAUAACUAAUUAAUAAUUGUAAUAUAAAGUAUUCUUUAAAUAUAAUUUUUCAAAUUUAUUAAAGACUUAAUUAAUAUACCAAUAAUACCAGAUACAAGGUGAAUGGUGAUAAUUAUAUAUUUAAGUUCACACAUGACAGGGUGUUACCACUGGGUAUCUUCCCUAAUCUUAUUAUUCACAUCACUCUUACUUGUCACCUAUCAAACCUACUUAUUAUACUAAGAAAUGUAUAGAUUGUAGAUUACUUCAAAUAAAUAAAAAAAAAAAAAAAA